GUUUUCCAAGCGGCGAUCCCUUCUCUUCCUUCCUACCUAUAAAUAGCUAAAAUCCCCAUUGCCGGGUUUCUCCGUGCGCUUAGGGUUUCCGCCGCUGCCGUCGAGCUCAAAGCCAGCAGCCAGGAUGCCGUCGCACAAGACCUUCAGGAUCAAGAAGAAGCUGGCGAAGAAGAUGAGGCAGAACCGCCCCAUCCCCCACUGGAUCCGCAUGAGGACGGACAACACCAUUAGGUACAACGCCAAGCGCAGGCACUGGCGCCGCACGAAGCUAGGAUUUUAAGGAUACCCUAUGUUGUGCUCAUCUCUUGUUUGGAGAUAAGGCUUCUAUGUUGCUUAAUUUCGUUCAGUGAGAGACAUGUUAACUGCGAAAUGAACCUUGGAUAAGACGGGAAUAUUUUGAGAUGUUAGGAUUGGAUUUGGCUCUGCCAAGCUUGGCUUUUAUGUUCUGAUGCUGAUGAUUAGGCAUCAUUAUCUUGAGAAAGGAUGUUAAACGUUUAAUUUUUUUCUAAUUUAGGUGUUGGGUUAUUCUUCAUGAAAGAGGAUGGUAAUCUGAUUCAGUGAUUCACAACA